AUGAAACUGGGCAUUACACAGGCCGAUGUAGGCAAGGCCCUGGGUAGGCUCAACAUACCCGGUCUAGAGGGCCUCUCCCAAUCCACCAUCUGCCGCUUCGAAUCGCUCACCCUCUCCCACACCAACAUGCAAAACCUGAAACCCAUUCUCCAGCUCUGGUUGGACACGGCUGCGGAGGAGUUUGCGCCUCCCGCCGGGGCGUCAUCGAUGACGCCAUCGCGAGCCCUGACG